GGAGGACAGCCCCAGCGGUGGGGCGGGGGGAGUUAUAUUGCGGGGUCCUUCCUCGCUCACCCUGGUUCCUCUCGGAGCGGACACGGCAAAUGGCGGACUUCGAUACCUACGACGAUCGGGCCUACAGCAGCUUCGGCGGCGGCAGAGGGUCCCGCGGCAGUGCUGGCGGCCAUGGCUCCCGCAGCCAGAAGGAGCUGCCCACAGAGCCCCCCUACACGGCAUACGUAGGAAAUCUACCUUUUAACACAGUUCAGGGCGACAUAGACGCCAUCUUUAAGGACCUCAGCAUAAGGAGUGUGCGGCUAGUCAGAGAUAAAGACACAGACAAAUUUAAAGGAUUCUGCUAUGUAGAAUUCGAGGAGGUGGAUUCGCUGAAGGAGGCCCUGACGUACGACGGUGCGCUGUUGGGCGAUCGGUCACUGCGUGUGGACAUUGCAGAAGGCAGAAAGCAAGACAAAGGCGGCUUCGGAUUCAGGAAAGGCGGCCCUGAUGACAGAGGAAUGGGUGGCUCUCGAGAAUCUAGAGGUGGCUGGGAUCCCCGGGAUGACUUCAAUUCGGGCUUCCGGGACGACUUCCUUGGAGGACGGGGCGGCAGCCGCCCAGGGGACCGGAGGGCAGGCCCUCCCAUGGGGAGUCGCUUCCGGGAUGGCCCUCCCCUGCGUGGAUCCAACAUGGACUUCAGAGAGCCCACGGAAGAGGAAAGAGCACAGAGGCCUCGGCUCCAGCUUAAACCCCGGACAGUGGCGACGCCCCUCAACCAAGUAGCCAACCCCAACUCUGCCAUCUUCGGGGGUGCCCGGCCCAGAGAGGAAGUCGUCCAGAAGGGGCAGGAAUGAGCUCGCAGUUGGGAGGGAAGGGGGUGCGGGGAGUUGGAGCAGACCUCAGCCGGGGGGCCUGGCCGCCCCCAGCCACCAUUCCUGAGCCCGACAACGCCCUCCUCCCUCGCUCACAGGAACAGCUCGAGCUGCACGAAGCUGUUAACAAGUGGUUUUUAGUAGCUCGCCUCGCCCUGCCUCCACCCUGCGCCCAACCUGCUAGCUAGCCCUGCUCGCUCUGUCCGCUUCUCUCCUCUCCACCUCUCUGCUCUUCAUGCGUCUUCCUCCCCCAUUGCCAAUCUCCGCGGCUUGCUCUGGCUCGCUCUCCCAUGCUCAUGCACUCUCGGAGGAUGGCAGGGGUGAGCAGCGGGGCCACUCUAGGGCCUUCCUUGUUCUGGGUGCUUCUCCAACCGCAUGCUGAGUUCUGUGUGCCCAUGGCCUCCAGCACAGCCUCUCCUGCCCGGGCUCUCAUCCCCGGUCUCAGCCGGGGCCCCCAGGCUGUCCAGGCAGCACAGCCCUUGCCCCGCAAUGAGACCUGGGGGGCGCAGAGUGGAUGCCACCCAGCGUGGGAGGCUUGGCUCCUUCCCCUCUGCUCCCCCAAUGGUCCAAAGCAGGGCCCCCAGCAUGGAGGCCCUCCCCUCCCUCAGCAGCAGUGCUCCAUCUCCUGUGUUCCUGUGUUCCUCAGCCCCCCACCACCCCGGGCCUGGAACCUAGCACUCGCCUGUCACCUGGUGAGCUGCAGGUGCUGGGCACAGCCCCCCACCAUGACACUGGCCAGCACUACCUGGAGGAAGCUCAAACACCUGUGUGGGAACAUAUGGACAGCUCUGUAGUGCCCAAGUCCUGGGCUGCGCCUGUGGGAGCAAGUGGGGGUCAGCCCACCCCCAGGGUCUUGGGGGGAGAGGCCUGGGGUGGCUGGAGUCUGUGGGCACCAGGGCAGUGUGCUUAAAUGGUGGCCACCACUGCCAGGCUCGGCUCUUGUUUGUCUUUGUUGCAAGGUCUCAGCAAUUUCAGGAACUCUUCCUCCUUCCCUGCCCUCCCUCCUCCCCUCCCUCCCUUUCCUUCUUUCCUUUUCUUCCAUAUUUUUGCUUGCCAUCAUUUCUGCUUCUGAGAUAAGAACCAUUUGUGUAACACCAAUAAUUAACUUAAGGAAGACCUGCAUUAUGUGGUUGCAAUCAAACCUGAUGCUUUCAGAUGCCCUACUUACAUCUCCAGUGUGGGAAAGAUAAGAACAAAAUCCACCCAAACUUCCGGCCUUCCACAUGGCCUUUCAAUGAGAAUGGAAUUCCAAACACUUAACACAUUCAGUGCUCUGACAGAACGUAGAUCUAUGGAUAUGGUAUUUUGUGAAUGAUCUUUUAAAUAAAAGAGAACCUUACGUAA